AGUUCCACUACGUUAGCUCCGCGAAUAUGCCGUGGUGCAGAUCAGCGACAUCUGAAAAGCUUAUUCGGGAGUUCCUGUACUCUGGUACCAUUGUCAGGUCAGACCUGAAUGUUUUACAAGGCCUUUCUUUUCGCGCAUUAAAUGUGUGAUUGUGUCGGGGUUUAGCGAAGUGUGUUCAAUGAGCUUGCUCUUUCUUUAGUGCGCAGUUCGAACGACGUUUUUAAGUGGCGCACACACAAACGACGCCAAAGCAAUCGAGUACUGUUGAUCUGACUGCAUCAAUCUGAAAUUAACGAUUUGACGGACUAUUAUGGGAUUACCAUACCAUCUGUUAGCAAAAUUCCAACAUGUUUUAGAGACGUCUUUGUGCAUUGUGUCGUAGUAGAGGGUGUCAAAAAUAGCAAUCUACAGUAGCUAACGUUUAUAGGCAGAUCUGUCUGUCUGUCAUGUCGACAGGACUGCCUGUCGUUGGCUGGCGAACAUGUGUCAUGUUCAGCAAAUGAAAUUCGACUCAUAUCUAGUCAACAGGUUUAUUGAGCUAAAUUGGGCUCCGCUGCUGCUUUGGAUACAUUAGAGUUUGUUAGGUAUGGACACACAAUAUAUUCAGAGAAUAAAAUUAUGAAAAACUGGGGAGUCAUUGGUGGAAUAGCGGCUGCCAUGGCUGCUGGAGUAUAUGUUCUAUGGGGUCCAAUUACAGACAGCAAGAAAAGGAAGAAAGGCAUGGUACCAGGCCUGCUGAACCUGGGAAACACCUGCUUCAUGAACUCUCUGCUCCAGGGCCUGGCAGCCUGCCCAUCCUUCGUCAAGUGGCUGGAGGAGUUCACUAGCCGCAAAGGUGUGUCGGAGGGCGAGCCAGAGAAGGACCCCAAACUUUCCACAACUCUCCUGCAGCUUCUCCAAGCACUGUCAAACGACAACACUGGGGAGGAGGAUGUGCUGGAUGCAGGGCGUCUGCUGGAGGUCCUCAGACUCUACAGGUGGCACAUCAGUUCCUUUGAGGAACAGGAUGCCCAUGAGCUCUUCCAUGUCCUCACCUCUUCCUUGGAGGAGGAGCGAGACCGACAGCCCAAAGUCACCCACCUCUUUGACAUUCAGUCCCUUGAGAGUCUCCCAGAUAUAGAUGAUAAGACCUUAAGCUGCAAGAGUCGAGGCCCUCUUCAUCCUUUACGAAGUCCUUGGAAGUUUCCACAUCCUUUCCAUGGCCGCCUAACAAGCAAUAUGGCUUGCAAGCGUUGCGAACAACAGAGUCCAGUGCGAUAUGACUCUUUCGACAGCCUCUCCUUAUCCAUCCCUUCACCGCAAUGGGGCUGGCCUAUCUCUCUGGAUCACUGUCUCCAGCAUUUCAUCUCUUCAGAGACCAUUAAAGAGGUGGAGUGUGAAAACUGCACCAAGCUUCAACAAGGCACCUUGGUGAAUGGGCAUGUCCUGGAAAGCCAGAGGACAACCUUCAUCAAACAGCUUAAACUGGGAAAGCUCCCACAGUGUCUCUGUAUUCACCUGCAGAGACUGACAUGGUCUAAUGAGGGUACGCCCAUAAAGAGACAGGAACAUGUCCAGAUCUCAGAGUACCUGUCGAUGGACCACUACAAACACUGCGCAACCAUUCAGAGGCUCCAGGUCAUCAACUGUACUCCCAAAACCAUUAAAGCAGAGGAUUCAGGAGAGGCUGCAGAUAAGACCCCUCUCAAUGGCAAAGAUAUAGAACACCAUAACAACAACAAGCCACUGUCCAAUGGAACCUGUUCGUCUGUCUUUCUCCAUUCUUCUGGGUUGAACCCACAGGUCAACCUCACAUAUGACUACAGCUCCUCAGAAUACAACUUUCAACUGAUGGCUGUGUUGGUUCACCAUGGUGACAUGAACUCAGGACACUUUGUCACUUACCGCCGCUGCCCUCCCUCGCCCCACAGCCCCUCUCCAUUCAGCUCCCAGUGGCUGUGGGUUUCAGAUGACUCUGUACGCAAGGCCAGUCUGCAGGAGGUGCUGUCCUCCAACGCCUACCUACUCUUCUAUGAGCGGGUGAGACGGCUCCGUCUACUGUUGGAGGAGUAGAGCCCCGGAGCACUGAGCCAGACUGGACACCUACUCCCCUGCCAACCCAUACCACCACAGCCAUGUGUGCCACAGAAAACACCCCUCAGAAGUGUAAUUCUCCUGCCCCAAUGGCUUACCUGUAGGAUUGUGCUUUAACAGUACAAAAGAUUAUGCUGCUCUACUUUGACCUCCUGUCAUAUUAAAAUCAUGAAUGUCCCCCUCGUCUUUUACAGCGAUUUAGGAGGCACUGCCUUUUAGAUCCCAGAGAUUGCCUACCUGUAGGAAUGAUUGGACUGUUCUCAAAAACAUCUCAGAAUACUGGUAGUUGUUUCACAAACGAUUUGCGUUACUUCAACCAAGAUGUUUUAGGCUAAAUGGGUGUUACUAGAUUAGGAAAUGUGGAGGUACUUGAUAUGUAAUCACUGUCUUCAGCCAUUUGUCUGGAAAUAAUCACUCAAUACAUCUUAAUGUAGGUUUAAUUAAAAUAAUGCAAUGUUUCAAUUGACAUUGUAUAUAAGCUGCUGUAUAUGACAUUUUUCUAUGUGUGUAACAAAUUCAGAAUACUGUAAUAACGUGCAGGUGGUUUGGAUUGUAGUCUAGCUCCACAUGCCUGCAGACCAUUUACUUUCAUGUAGAAUAAUUUCUGCAGUUGUUGCACAAGAUCUCAUUGUAUCAAGCUAAUGUGUAUAUUGCUAUUUUUGUUCCUAAAUGAUAUUGAAGCAACAUGAUAGUUUUACAACUCUUUUAUAGAGCAGCGGAAUUGGAAUUGAUAUCAAUGUAACAAAUUUACCCCAAAUAUUGUCUGAUUUGCCAAAGUGUUAAAAGUUGUGGUGGUAGUGUGUACAACUACACAAUCUGUGUAUUGCUCAACAAGCAUACCAGUUAUAAAUACUGCCAUUUACUCACUCUCCUCCAAGUAUUGAAUUAGGAUGCAACCUCUAAAUAACCCUCUAACCCAUUUUCUGAUCAAUUUGCACUAAUGUAUAUUUUGAAGAUUUGUGUGUGUGAGACCGGCAAGAAGUUGAUAUUUUUCAAAGAUACAAUUAUGAAAAUAAAAAAAUCUAUAAGUGAA